GCAUGUAGCCGACUGUCAAGUACCAGCUGUUGCGCCGUACUGAUUUUCCGUGGCUUCACGCCGACUCGGCUUUGCGGCAAUUUAAUCGAAUAAGUGUGUCACGCGGUUCAUAACUCCGAUCGACAUGAGCCGCAAUUUUGUCGGAGAGUUGCUGAUCUUUCUGUUAUUCUUCAUUCACAGUUUAGAUACGAAAGUAUUAUCAAAUACAUUGUCUCUCGGUGAUGGAAGUGUAUUUGAAAUGAAGUUAACUAAUCUUCAUGACACUACACCAUACAUGAAACAAGUAUCUAUUGCAGCAAGUAGCAAAGCAAUCUUUAAUGUAACAAACGUUUCCUCCAACGCUUCAUUUAUUAUUUUUCAAAUUCAUAUUUAUCAACAUAAUGUUACAUUGUCUUUUGAUAAAGAUUGUCUUAAUAAAGUUUCGAAUAGAAGCGUAUUUGGAUCAAACAUUGGUCUUCUCUCUAAGCUAACCACUAAUACGACACAAUUUUUCGUGAAAAAUGAUAAUGUUCACGAUGUUAAGGCUCUGCUCGUUGUUAUUGCUUACAACAAUAAAGCACCCGUACCGGGUGGAUGCAACAUGGAGUUCAAUACCGAGAUCGCGCCUUACGCGAGAAUGCAGACACGCGACGCGAUGGUGAUCGUGGACGUGCAACCAGCCUCGUUACCGUUCAACUCGAUGCGCCGCACUUGCGAAAAGGAGCCGGUGGAGGUCCAGGUGUAUCAGAUGUACCUGUCCGAGCGGGACCUCACUGCCGAAACUUAUUUCACGGGUAUCGUAAACAUGCUGACUGUGGACGAUAUCAAGGGGAACGGAGCGAAGGCAACGGCCUCCAUUGUUUCCUCACCGAUGAGACGAAUAUUUAGCGCGUAUAUCGGAGUUGGCUCGGUUUACGUCGCAGUGGCUAGUUAUGGGAAUCAUUCUGCUGCCUAUGUCCCCAUAGUUUCGUACGGCUGUAAUCCCACGAUCGAUCCUGUAUCAUGCGACAUUUUAUCCGAGGGUGUUUUCAAGUUUAUUUCUGCCGUUUGUUUCUUCGUGGGAUUAUUUUUUACAUUCCUGGGCCAUCACGUCUCCAGAGUUGAGAAAAUGUUUCCUAUAUUUUUCAUUGGAACCGUAAUUGGAUAUGCCAUAGAAGGAAAUAUUAUAAUUGGCCUGGCGAUAGGUUUGCUCUUCAACCUGUUGUCGUUAGUGUGUCCAUACUCGACAGAGCACCGUGGCGGUGCAUUGCUGGUCAACAUGAGCCUGGGCUUGUUCUUUGCGUGCGUUGCUUACUUACACUCCCCAGGUUCAUUUAUAAUUCUGCAGAACAAUACGGUAUUUUGGUUGCUAUUUUCGACGUUGGCUCUCAGUAUAGCUCUCGUCGUGACGUUUAGCUUUUGCUCUAACGUUACGUGUUCCAUAUUUUCAUCCUUCACGAUAAUCCUGCCGAUUGAUUAUUGGGUUGGCUCCUCUCUCAAAUAUGUUAUGAUAAACAUCGUAAGGCGAGCAACUGUGGAGGAUUUUAAUCUAGCCAUUGUUCGACCUCCUGUUCAGACUAAGGAUAUAUGGUUGAUUGUAUUCUGGAUCUGUUUGGCGUUCUAUCACUUUUAUAAACAUUACCAAAAUCGAUUAUUAUCGAACAGGACAAUGACAGAAACAACGCCAUUGUGGAAUCAAUAUUAAUGAAUCAAUGUUCCAAAUAGGCUAAGUUGAUAGAAACAUAUUGUAACACAUCAAAGAUAACAGUUAAGUGACAAUCUCGCAUAUGAUUUAUAUUGAUAAUACUUUUUGAUUAAUUUUAAUUGUUAAUUUUAUAAAUUUUAUACCAAAUACAUUUAAAUGUGAUAUAAUUGUUUAAAAAAAUAUUUGUACAUAUUAUUCCUUCCACUGUAAUUCAUACAUAAAUAUAAAAAAUAAAUUCUCCUAUUACAUAUAAUCAUUUCUUAACAUCAACCAAAUUUUUGCUAGAUUUUUAUUUCUUCUAAUAUUUUUCAUGUGUAUAAAUAUCUUUAAAUAAUAGAUAUGAAAAAAAAUAAAAGCAUAAAUGUAUUAAUUUAUUCAAUCUUCUUGUUUCUUUACUAGCUAAAACCUAAAGUAAAGUGUUUAUUAUUCAAAUAUUUGAAAAUGAAGCAGUGAGCAAUGCAAUUAUUUCGCCUGUAUUGGUUAAACGUUAACGUAAGAGGCAUCGAACGUUGAGCCAACGUUCAUCCAAAUCGGAAACAAAGGAACGGGAAAAAUAGAAUUACUUUGAAAAUAUAAAAUAUUGUUUACAACGAAAAAUAACGUGUCUCGAUAGAUUAAUCACUUUGUAGAUUACUUUUAUUCGCUUGAAAAGAAAGUUUACAUAUAAAUAAUUUAAUCAUUUUUAAUAGUGCACGUGUAAACGUGGAGUAUAAAGGAUAAUCCGAAGGAUGAAAGGUUUUCAAGUGUUUUAUUGAACAAAAAAAAUGCCAGAUGACUUGUGUUGUCAUUAAAAUGAAAUAACAUUUAUUGAAUCGAGACAGUGACACCUAACAGUGGUUUUCUAUAUCCUACUACUUACAAUCUUAAAGGUAAUCACAGCAACAAUAUUAUCUCCAUUAUUCACAACACUUACGUAGAUUACUGUCGCAAUAAUAUAUUAUUCUCGUUAAUAAAUUUGUUAAUACUCAUACACUGUAUUCGUUAUCAGUAUUUAUUAUUACAGAUAAUAAGAAAACUGCGUGACCACUUCCGCACUCGGGGGGGGGGGAGG